AUGUUCAAAACCACUCUCUGCUCUGCUCUCCUCUUUCUCCUCACCAUUUUCAAACCUCAAGCUCACGUUCAUGGAGUAGAAACGACACCGCCAUCAAACGACUGUGAUUUCUUCAAAGGAAGCUGGUUUAUAGAUCGCUCGUACCCGCUGUAUAACGGAUCCGGUUGUCCUUUCGUCAAUCCAGGAUUGAAUUGCCAGAAAAACGGAAGAAUCGAUAAAAGGUACCUCAGCUUCAGAUGGCAGCCUCAUCGAUGUCAACUCGCCAGGUUCAACGGCGAGGAGUUCUUACGGAGAAAUAGGGGAAAGAAGAUCAUGUUCGUCGGAGACUCGUUGAGUUCGAAUCAAUGGCAAUCGCUAGCAUGCAUGCUUUACCACACCGUUCCUCGCUCCAACCAUAUCUUCGUGAAUCAAGGACCGCUUUCGAAUCUUUCGUUUCCCGAAUAUGGAGUUUCGGUUAUGUACCUGAAAAACGGGUUUCUUGUAGAUCUGGUGGUGGAGAAAAGGGGACGGAUUCUGAAACUGGACUCCAUUAGUAGAUGCAGUAAAUGGGAAGGAGUAGAUGUUCUCAUCUUCAACAGCUAUCAUUGGUGGACUCACAGUGGACGAAAAAAAACAUGGGACUAUUAUCAAGUUGGUGAAGAGAUAUUCAGAGACAUGGAGCGCAUGGAUGCUUACAAGAUCGCGUUGACAACUUGGGCUAAAUGGGUCGAUUCGUACGUAGAUCCUAAGAAGACCCGAGUCUUUUUCCAAGGGAUUUCAGCCGUUCACGACCUAGGCCAAGAUUGGAACGAACCUACUGUCCGGAACUGUGAAGGCCAAACUCUACCUAUCCGGGGACUUCAUUAUCCCGGGAAGAGAUACCCAGGAGAACAAGUGGUGAAAGACGUGUUGGCGAAAAUGAAAAAUCCCGCUUAUUUGUUGGAUAUAACACUCCUUACCCAGUUAAGAAAAGAUGGUCACCCAUCCAAAUAUGGCGAUGAAGGCGUAGACUGCAGCCACUGGUGCCUCGCUGGAGUUCCCGAUACUUGGAAUCAAAUUUUGUACAAUAUCCUGCUCAGGAGUUAGAAUUUUUGCACAU